CGCCCGCGCGCCAGGCCCGGGCGGCGCCGACGCGCUUGGCGGGAGAUAGAAAAGUGCUUCUGUGCGCGCCGGCGGCUACCGCGGCCCCUGCGAGCAGCUGCGGGACCUGCGGCCACGCUGACGCUUCGCAGCGCGGCCCCGGGGCCCGGAGCGGCCGGAGAAGCCCGCCCCCUGACCCCGGCCCGGCUCCCGCUCCGGGCUCAGCCGGCGGGCGGGCGAGCGCGGCGCGGCCCGGGCCGGGGGGAUGUCUCGGCGGACACGCGGUGAGGAGCUGGAUGAGCUGCACUACCAGGACACAGAUUCAGAUGUGCCGGAGCAGCGAGACAGCAAGUGCAAGGUCAAAUGGACCCACGAAGAGGAUGAGCAGCUGAGGGCCCUGGUGAGGCAGUUUGGACAGCAAGACUGGAAGUUCCUGGCCAGCCACUUUCCCAACCGCACUGACCAGCAGUGCCAGUACCGGUGGCUGAGGGUCUUGAAUCCAGACCUUGUCAAGGGGCCAUGGACCAAAGAGGAGGACCAGAAGGUCAUCGAGCUGGUCAAGAAGUACGGCACGAAGCAGUGGACGCUGAUCGCCAAGCACCUGAAGGGCCGGCUGGGAAAGCAGUGCCGCGAGCGCUGGCACAACCACCUCAACCCCGAAGUGAAGAAGUCCUGCUGGACGGAGGAGGAGGACCGCAUCAUCUGCGAGGCCCACAGGGUGCUGGGCAACCGCUGGGCCGAGAUCGCCAAGAUGCUGCCGGGGAGGACAGACAAUGCUGUGAAGAAUCACUGGAACUCCACUAUCAAGAGGAAGGUGGACACGGGAGGCUUCCUGAGUGAGUCCAGAGACAGCAAGCCCCCCAUGUACUUGCUGCUGGAGCUGGAGGACAAGGACGGCUGCCAGAGUGCCCCGGCCUCAGAAGGCCAGGGAAGUCUCGUGACCGGCUGGCCCCCGGCGUUCCCUGCCCUGAAGGAAGAGGAGAGCAGUGAGGAGGAGGCCACGGCGGCUGCCCCCUCCCAGGAGCAGGAGCCUGUCCCCACGGAGCUGGACGCAGUGCGGACGCCGGAGCCGCUGGAGGACUUCCCCAAGCGUGAAGACCAGGAGAGCUCCUCGCCGGAAACCAGCCUGCCCUACAAGUGGGUGGUGGAGGCCGCAAACCUCCUCAUCCCUGCCGUGGGCUCCAGCCUCUCUGAAGCCCUGGACUUGAUCGAGUCGGACCCCGAUGCUUGGUGUGACCUGAGUAAGUUUGACCUCCCCGAGGAGCCAUCCGCAGAGGGCAGCAUUGGCGGCAGUCCGGUGCAGCCCCAUCCAUCGCAGCAGCAGCAGCAGGCCCCGCCAACCCGUCAGCCUGCCGCCGCUGUGCCCAGCGUGACCGAGUACCGCCUGGAUGGCCACACCAUCUCGGACCUGAGCCGGAGCAGCCGGGGCGAGCUGAUCCCCAUCUCCCCCAGCACUGAUGUGGGGGGCUCGGGCAUCAGCACACCGCCCUCGGUUCUCAAGCGGCAGAAGAAGAGGCGAGUCGCCCUGUCACCUGUCACGGAGAACAGCGCCAACCUGUCCUUCCUGGACUCCUGCAACAGCCUCACCCCGAAGAGCACGCCCGUCAAGACGCUGCCCUUCUCGCCCUCCCAGUUUCUGAACUUCUGGAACAAACAGGACACACUAGAGCUGGAGGGCCCCUCGCUGACGUCCACCCCCGUGUGCAGCCAGAAGGUGGUGGUCACCACACCACUGCACCGGGAUAAGACGCCUCUGCACCAGAAACACGCUGCGUUUGUAACCCCAGAUCAGAAGUACUCCAGGGACAGCACUCCUCACACACCGACCCCGUUCAAGAACGCCCUGGAGAAGUAUGGACCACUAAAGCCCCUGCCCCAGACCCCGCACCUGGAGGAGGACUUGAAGGAGGUGCUGCGCUCCGAGGCCGGCAUCGAGCUCAUCAUUGAGGACGAAGUGAGGCCCGAGAAGCAGAAGAGGAAGGCUGGGCUGCGGCGAAGCCCCAUCAAGAAAGUCCGCAAGUCCCUGGCCCUUGACAUUGUGGAUGAGGAUGUGAAGCUGAUGAUGUCCACGCUGCCCAAGGCUCUGCCUUUGCCAACCAACAUCCCACCAGGCUCCUCUGGCCUCACCCCGUCGGGCAGCAGAGAGGACAGCAGCCUGCUCAAUGAGGGCUUCCUGCAGGCCAAGCCCGAGAAGCCGGCGGCCCAGAAGCCCCGAGGCCACUUUCUAACUCCUGCCCCUAUGACCAGCGCCUGGAAGAUGGUGGCCUGUGGGGGGACCAGGGACCAGCUCUUCAUGCAGGAGAAAGCCCGGCAGCUCCUGGGCCGCCUGAAGCCCAGCCACACAUCUCGGACCCUUAUCUUGUCUUAGGGGCUUGGCAGUCACGAGCCCAUUCUCAUGUUUACAGGGGGCUGGGGGGCCGAGUCUAGGCUGUGAAUUUGAGAAUCACACAAAGAUGACCGCCUGCAGGGAGCCUUCUGCUGCCGGUCCCUCCCCAGACUGCUCAGGUGGAGACAGAGCAGGGCCACCCACUGUCCUGUCUCCGAGUCCGGCUGCAGCUGCGGGCGAUUCCUGGUGCUAACAGAACAAAGUCCCACCUCUGAGCUGGCCCAGCCCUCCCCCCAGUGCCACAGGGAGCCCCGUUAGCUUCUCCCAAGCCCUGGUCAGGCCUGGCCUCAUCUCAGACCCCUGCUUAGGACAGGGGAUGUGGCCAGCGUGCUCCUUCCUUCAACCAGUUGUUACAUUUUCUUGAAAGAAUAAAAGUUGUUUUUCUCCUGU